AUGCAGCAGCAGCAGCAGCAACAGCAGCCGCCGCCGCCAGAACCGACGGAAACCCCUAAUCGCGGCCCGCGUCUACCUGUCAACCCGCGACGACACAAGGUAGCGCCGGAACAGAGGAAGCGCGUCGCCACAGCAUGCAACAGCUGUAACAUCCGCCGGAUUAAAUGCUCCGGCGAGAGGCCCUGCCGCCAGUGCCGCAGCUCUUCGCGCGACUGCCAGUACCCCACCAUCAUCGAGAAAGUCUCCGUGUCCCGCAACGAGCUGGAUGACCUACGGAAGAAGCUCGACGCCGCCGAACGCGCCCUGCUGGCCGCCGUGCCCGACCACACUGCGAGACGCCAGCUGCUACUGCAACAGCAGCAUGAUGGUGACGCCAGCGCCGGAAGCUCCUCCCGCGCCGCCUCUUGCUUGUCUUUCACGCCGCCUCCGCAGCAUCGACGCAAAGACGAGUUCCACGAAACCGCUUUCAAUGUCGACGGCGAAGCUGACGCCGCCGACGCCGCCGACGCCGACACGGCCGAGGGCCGUCAGCUCAAGGACCAAGACGGCAGGGCCCGCUUCCUCGGCGAGACAUCCGGCGCCACCUUCCUCGAUCACCUCAAGGAGUUCAUGUCCACCGUCUCGCCCCUAGCUUUCAACAAGCCGUGGCUGUCGCCCACCCCGAACAAUGGCUCGGCCUUCCUCGCCUCUCUCGGCCGCUAUCAGACCUACGACUCGCGCCCCGUGGAGGCCGAGCCCGAUCCCGACCCCAUCGCCCUGCCGUCCCGCGCCGACAUGUCCGCUAUGCUCGCCGACCUCCGCCACUUCAUCCAGGACGGCAACGGCACCUUCCCAUGCGGCGGCAUCUACUGGUGGGGCGAUCUCGGCUCCGUGCCGAACCCCGUCUCCUUCCCCCCCGAGACCCCGCCCGACGCCAUCCGCCACCGCUUCCGCCACCUUGCCUUCUACCACACCGCCUUCGCCGUCGCUUGUCAGGCCAGCACCACGGCCGCCUCCAUGCCCGUCCCUCACGAUCUCAGCCAGCGCUACUUCUCCCGCGCUCGCAUGCUCCUCGGCAACCCUCUCGACAUCACCCAGUACACCAUUAGCGACGUCGCCGUCCUCGCCCUCAUGGGCUUCUACCUCAUCGAGAUGAACCGCCGCGACGCCGCCUACAUCUACGUCAGCAACGCCAUGCACAUUUCCAUCAUGCACGGCGCCCACCGCGGCUGGGUCGACGAGCGAGGCAAGCGUGUCUUUUGGACCCUGUACAUCCUUGACCGAUGGCUAAGCUGUCUCAUGGGCCGUCCCCCUACCAUCAUGGACGAUGCCAUCCGGCUACCCUUGCCAUGCGAUGCUCCUUCCCUUCCCCCUGCAGCCGGCCUCCGAGCCCACGUCGAGCUGGCCCGCAUUUCGGGCCACAUUGUCUGCAACACGUAUAGAGUCGCACCCUUGGACCACCGUCCCGGAGGAGCGGCGCGCCAUGUCGACCGCGCGCUGCAGCUGCUCGAGAACUGGCACGCCUCACUCCCUGCCGCCCUGCAGAUGUCUACCGCCCGUCCAAGUACCGAUCCCGCAUGUUGCCUGUUGCACAUGGCAUAUAACCAGCUCCUCAUCCUCGUCGUCCGCCCCAUCUUCUUCGCAGCCGUGAAGAAGGUUUUCGCCGAGCGCUACAUCACCUCAGACCGCCACUGGGACCUCGACCACCACGCGCCUCGUAUCGCCGCCUGCUCCGAUGCCGCCCGACAGAACCUGUUCCUCGCCCGCUGGCUGCUCAACCUGAACGGCGGCUCCCGCAAGCUCCUGCAGGCCGGCCUUCACUACGUCUUCAACGCCGCCAUCGUGCUCAUGCUCCAGGACCUUCUUAUUCCGUCCUUCGCAUCGUCGUCAUCGUCGUCGUCGUCGUCGUCUGCCGAGUCUGACGACGUCAGCUUCGCCAUCGGCGUCUUCGAGGCCGAAGCCAAGACGGGGAGCAACUACGGACAUGACUGUGCCGCGGUUCUCCAGGAUCUCAGGUCUCUGGUCCAGCGCCUCCGUCCUGACGCGCAUGUCGUCCCUUCGACGCCGGGCCUCGUGUCGGCGGACGAUUUGACGAUGGCUAGCGGCAGCGGCAGCAGCAACACGCACGCGACGACGAUGACGGCGAUGUUGACAGCCCUCCAGCAGCAGCAACAUCUUCAGCAGCAGCCGACAUUCUCGCUAGGGCCGAGCCAGGCAUACCCCAUGGACGAGAGCGGACCGCUGUAUCAAGAACUCAUGACGUGGGUGGACAACAGCGACACGCAACUGUAUAAUAGCAGCUAUUCCAUAUAA